AUGGCCCAAACCCUCGAGCAGCGCCGGCGCAACGCCAAGUUCGCCAAAGACCAGGAGAACAAGAUGGGCAAGUCCGAGGACCAGCUCAAGAAGCGCACCAAAGAGACUCCCAAGUCGCCCAUCUCCAUCUUUUGGCUCGCCCUGCUUGGAUUCGUCGUCUUCGGCGGACUCGUCUUUGAGCUCCUCUCGCGCUUCUUUGGCCUCUAG